UGGUGUAACCCGUGGUGUAACCUUGACGCGGUUUGCAAUCAAUGCGCAAUUAUGUGCGCAUCGGAUGAUGGUCAUCCGAACCGUGAACCGGCGCAUGAUGAUGCAAUCCUAGACAUGUUUUGUUUUGAUUUGGGGCGGGCAGUGUUGUGGUGCGUGAACCCCGUGCUCGUUGGGGUCGAUGGAUUGGCAUUGCACCUGCAUGAUUGGCUCUGUCAUUGUUUGCAUUAACCUGUCGGGGUGCAUUGCAACGCGUAUUGCGGUUUCUCUCCUUGCAUGUAAUUAUUAUUAUUCGACGUAGUCUGUCGGGUCGUGAUAGACGUCGGAGUUUAUACGUUACUGACAGUCUCGAGAUCCAGCGAGUGGCGCUCGCCAACGUCCCGCUACUCUUCCACUGCCUCUCGCGACUCACAUGAGCAUUCCGAUCCCGUUCCUCAGGCAGACUCCCACACCUGCAGAAACACAGCAAGAAGGACGCGUCCUCCUUAGUUCCUUCAUUGGUGAGCAGGUGGCGCAAGAGGAGAACCUGGACACCGCGGACGUAGGCGCCAUGGGCAACACAGCCGACAUCAUCUACUCGCACACGGGCGACCGCGAGGCGGGCGACACCUAUGAGAGCCGCACGGAAGCGCUGGAGAUGAACCCAGAGUUCCUUCGCCUGGGACGCGAACUGCGUGGCCUCGCCGACCAGUUCUCCCGCAGCCCCGAGAGGCGCCGGGUGCGCCGCGAGGCGGAGUCCCUCAACAUCGAUGAGCUCACGCGCGAUAACUUGUUCAGCCUGAUGAACGAGCUGUUCCGCGACGGCUUCAGCCGGGAGAGGCUGGUGACGUUUUUCUUCUUCUGCUCGGAUCUCAUCCUGAAGGCCCUGCGCCAGUCCGUCAGGCGGCUCCGCUGGCAGGUGGUUGCCUGGGUGUGGGAGUUCUUCCGCGACCGGGUCUGCGCCUGGGUCUGCGAGCGCGGAGGAUGGGAGGCGGUGCUGACGAGCUACCUGCCGAAGCUGGCCGUGACGAUGGCCGGAGUGGCGGUGACCAUCCUGGCGGCCGUCUGCGUUUGGAAGAUGGUGAGGGCGCCUUGAGUGGGAAGGACUAGAGGAGUGAGGACUCAGGACUUCCAAAAUGAGAGGGCGCAAGUCGGUUUUUCGGAGACUUUUUUUUUUCUGUUUGGCCUUAGGCGUUGGAUUGUUUAGUGCGUGCUUUGUAUUAUUUAUGGGCACUUCAUUUCCGAGGCAUUGUGUGUGUGCCAUAUUUGUUGCUGCAUUAUGUCAUCAUUAUUUAAGUACUCUCCAGUGAUCAUCAAGUUUUUCUUGCUCCCUUUGUUUGUGCGCGUUCACAAGUAUUCGCUUAAUGUGUACAGGUGCUCCGACUGUGGUGGGAGAGGACAGGCGCCCUCACUCUCUUACGCUCGACCACAGACUUGCUGCAAUAUGUUUUUUUUUUUUUUAAUAUAUUGUCUCUGUUACUUGUGUUGGCAUUGUUUCUUUUUUUUUUCUGGUUCGAUAUUGCAGCGUACCUUCUUUGAGUCUCUGAUUGGUCCGUUGAGGAAGUCUGCCCAACGGCCGAGGGCCAUUAUGCCUAGUCUCCUCUGCUUAGUUAGCAGAGUUAGCGUUACUUCUUUGCUGCAAUAUCUGUAUCUUGAUGUGCCUUUGCAUCGUUCUGUGUUACGCCAAAGAAGUAGCUCGGGCUUCUUUUUUUCUCUUUUGUGCUUGAACAUACUUCCUGAUUGGGACGGUAAUGAACGAUAUUGAAAUUAUUUGCCCUCUUGAAGGAGGAAACUUUGGGACACGCUUGAAGCGGCUCACUCGGGGCAACUGAUUAGCUGCCCACUUACCUAAGUUAAGCUCUCUCCCUUUAUUCUUAAUUUUUAAGCGAGUCUAAAUAUUGCAUUCGCUCAAAGACUUGCCUUGCAGUUCGUGGACAUUUUGCUCAAUAUUACCUAGCUGAGUCACACAUGAACCAUGUGAACCUUUUUAGUGCAGUCGUUGCUCUGUGCCAUUUUUUAUUCGGAUCCUCGUUUUAAACGCUAAUUUUUUAGUACCCUUCCACGUUGAAGUAAAGAAGUUUUCCAGCUUAUGCUGCAGUUUGAUUUAGCAUGGCAUUUUAUGCUCAGCAGACAGUCAUUAGCAGAAUGACCGGAAAUGUAGUAUUUACAAAAGUAUUGUUAAUGGUAACGGAGGGACCAACCAAAAAAAAAAGUCAUUGUGGCCACGUCCCGGACAGACAAGGGUCAGUUUCACUGCCAACAUGUGUGACGUACUUUGUAGUUUAAAACGUUUUACAUGGACACAUGUUUGUAUUUUUGAUACCUGUUUGCAUGGUCUUGUUAAUAAAAGGAUGAAUGUUUGUCAAUGACA